AACGACCGAAUAUAAACCGACACGAACGGUCGAAACAUCAAAGCAUGAUUUUGAUAGCAGCACCUAAAUUUUCUCUCUUUUUAAUUUCUUUUAUUUUCCCCUAAAUUUUCUUUUCAGUUUUCGAGUACUCGAAAGAAAAUCCAAACGAACAAAAAUAAUAUUUGGAUUUAAAAAACCUGCGAUAAUCGAGCCAAAACGACUCAGAUGAAUGAGAAAGUUUUUGGUUGUUCUCAAUUGGUUUCCAAAGGGACGGAAAUCAAUGAGGUUCCGUAGUCGGAACUACAUCAAUUCCUGGGGCAGAUUUUUCUGGUUCGCUGCUUUCAUCGUCUCCACUUUCGUUCUUUUCAAUGGCUUCUCCUACUCUAACUUUCGCUUUCUUUUUGGAGAAAGAUUCGAGCCUGUGUUGAAGUUCGCACGCAAAACUCCAACCGCAAACGCCAUCGUGUCUGGCGAACAUCCGGUAACUCAGAUACUCUCGGUUCGUGAAACCGUUUUGCUCCCCGAUCAAGUUAUACUUUUCCUAAAAUACCCUCGGUCGGCUCGUUUAUUUACCAAAGAGGAACUUGACUGCGUGUACCUCUCGGUUCAUAACACCUCACCCGUCCCGCGGCUUAAGCAGUCGCCGGCUCGUGUUGAUACGGAGCAGCUAGGUGAGCAGAUCGUACGAUGUCCUAGUGGCCCACGUGGACUGCUUAUAACGGUUGGUUCAAAGUCAAAUGGGGUCUUUCCAGCUGGUCCCACUCACUACUGGGACUCGCUUGCGUACGAAGCUUUGGUCGAUAAUGAUAAUACGACGGUCGUUUUUGUCAAGGGUCUUAAUCUACGGCCAGAAAGAGUCUCCAACGCUUCAAGAUUUGAGUGCGUGUACGGCGAAGAUUUUAGCAGGCUAAAACUUGUGUUGCGAUCAGAGGUUUUAUCAAUAGCUCAAGAGAUCGUACGGUGCAGAACGCCUUUAAUUGUUUUGAAUAGUCAAAAAAAAGUCAAUAGCUCUGUUAAGGUUUCAGUUAGGAUCAAGGGUGGAGGAACAUUACCUUCCAUAGCCCGAUUGGGUUUCUUGUCGGAUUCUGGUCGUGACCCGUUACCCACCCGAAAACCACACGAAACCUGCAUUUGCACCAUGGCACGUAACCAAGCGAGGUUUUUGAAGGAAUGGGUCAUCUACCAUGCCCUAAUCGGGGUACAACGUUGGUACAUUUACGAUAACAACAGUGACGACGACACUGAUCAAGUCAUCGAAUCGUUAUUCAACGCCGGUUACAACAUCUCGAGGCACAUUUGGCCAUGGAUCAAGACCCAAGAAGGAGGUUUCUCUCAUUGCGCCUUGAGAGCCAAGGGUUCUUGUGAAUGGAUCGGGUUCAUCGAUGUAGACGAGUUUUUGCACUUGCCUACGGGCUUAUUCUUACAUGAUGUGAUCUCAAAUUUAACCUCAACCAUAACUAGUUUCGGAAACAUUUCAAUUGGUGAAAUUCGUGUCUCAUGUUACAGUUUUGGACCGUCAGGGCUCAAACGGAUACCGAAACAAGGCGUGAUGGUCGGAUACACGUGUCGGCUCGCGGUGCCGGAGAGGCACAAGAGUAUAGUGAAGCCAGAAGCAUUGAAUUCCACAUUAAUCAAUAUUGUACAUCAUUUCCAUUUGAGAGAUGAUUUUAGAUUCAUAGAUGUUGAUAGAAGAAUGAUGGUUGUAAACCACUACAAAUACCAAGUAUGGGAAGUGUUCAAACAGAAGUUCUAUAGGAGAGUGGCUACGUACGUGGCUGAUUGGAAAGAUGAGCAAAACGUAAGGUCCAAGGACCGAGCCCCUGGAUUAGGGACUAGAGCCGUCGAACCAGUUGAUUGGUCGAGUCGGUUUUGUGAGGUCACCGACACAGGGCUAAAAGAUAGGGUGUUGCGAAACUUUGCUAACCCAAAAAACUCUCUUUUGCCAUGGCAGACUACAACUAAUAAAAAAGCAGGAACUUGGUUUGUAGAAGAAGAAAAUACAAAUAAAGUGCAAGAGAAGGAAUAUCAUUACCUCCGUAAGGGAAGCGAAUUUCCAUUCAUUUUCUUUUUUUCCUCCCCAAGAAAAAGAAAAAUGGUGAGAGAAGAAGCGAAACAAGCCCCAGAAGAUUCCCAGCAGCCAAACAAAGCUGAGACUAGCCAAAAUGUCGAUAACUUGUUUAGUCCCAGAUUCAAAUCCGUGGCAGCCAUGGCUGGAUGGGACGAAGAAGCCCUCAUCAUAGCUAGUCUCGUCGUCGAAGACACCCCAGACCGCCAACAAUCUAAACAAAAGAAACGCUCUGAUUCGAUAUUCAACACACCGCCAUGCACCAGUUCAAGAAGGAAACGUAGGGCUCAGAGAACUCCAUUAAAUCUCGAUGAAGAACAAGAGGUUCCAAAAGAAGAGAGUGAGAAAAAAUCAAUGGAACAAAGAAUUGUCGUGGAGGAUGAGAAGAAUCCAAAAGCAAAUGAGCCAGCUCUUCAUUGUAUGGAUAAACUUAGAGAAGAGCUUUCAUGUGCAAUUUGUUUGGAUAUCUGUUUUGAACCAAGCACAACUCCUUGUGGACAUAGUUUCUGUAAGAAAUGUUUGAGAUCAGCUGCAGAUAAAUGUGGGAAAAGAUGCCCAAAGUGCCGGCAGCUAAUAGGCAAUGGAAGAUCUUGCACUGUGAACACAGUUCUUUGGAAUACAAUACAGCUUUUGUUUCCCAAAGAGGUUGAAACAAGGAAGGCUGUUGCUGCUAAUGCCUUGAAUAGCAAGGAAGCCUUUGAGUGUCAAAGUCCACAAAGCGGAACUCGAAGCACGCGAACGACUCGAACUCGAACUCGAACUCGAGCUGAAAAUCAAGCAUUGGCGGCAAGGCCGCAGAGGGAGGAUCUUUCGCGACUAGUAAACACGGAUACCAACAUGACGAGAAGGCGAGGGGACCCGAACCAAGAUAACAAUGCAGAAUCAGCAAGGCUGCAACGAGACAAUGAUCUUUCGCGGUUAGUGCGUACCGGUAGGAGGAGAGGGACACCAAGUCAAGAUGAAGAUGCGGCAUUAGCUUUAAGGCUGCAAAGGGAAGAAUUCAUGGAGGCUUUUAGAGGAAGCAGUGGGCAUGAAGGUAAUGAGCAAACGAGGAUCCCUCUUGCUUUAGCUAGAGCCAAUUUGAGAGCUAUGGCAUCAAGAGCCAUUAAUAGAGGCCGCGCUGUAUAAUAUUAUUCCUUUGAAAACCUUUCUUCAUUGUUGCACUUCCAAUGCAACUUAGCUUUGUGCUUCUUUUCUAAUGUUAUGAUCCAUAUUAUUUGAA